GGUUUGGUAACUAAGGGCGCCGUGCCGUUGCUAGGGCUCGGGUGGCAACUUUGCCCGUGCUUCAGCGCAACGCGGGAGCUGCUCACUCGCUGUACCCGAGCGCAGGUUUUUGUUUUGCUGUGUGUGAGGGGGUUCCCUGUCCGUUUGCCAUGAGCAGCGAGUUCCUGGAGGAGCUGCAUUGGGAGGAUGGGUUUGCCAUCCCAGUGGCGAACGAAGAGAACAAGGUCCUGGAGGAUCAGUUAUCAAAGCUGCAGAAUGAAAGAUCAAGGUUGCAAGAUCAGCUACGUGACUAUGAAGAUCGAAUUAAUGCUAUGACUUCUCACUUCAAAGAUGUUAAGCAAGAGUUAUCAUUUAUACAGGCCUUGACUCUGCAAUUAGAAAGACUAACUUUGGAAUCUAAUCAGAGAAGAAAGAUUCUUGACAAUGAACUCGUGGAGACUCUAAGUGCACAGUUAGAAUUGGAUAAAGCAGCACAAGAUUUUCGUAAUAUUCACAAUGAAAGACAAGAACUCAUUCAACAGUGGGAGAACACAAUAGAACAGAUGCAGAGAAGGGAUCAAGACAUAGAUGACUGUGCCUUGGCAUUAAUGAAGGUAAAGCAGGAAACAAGAGAAAAGGAAAAUUUGGUCAAAGAAAAGAUUAAGUUUUUGGAAAGUGAGAUUGGAAAUAAUGCAGAAUAUGAAAAAAGAAUUUCUGCUGCUGAGCGUAAAGUUUUUAAAUGUAGAAUGGAGUAUCAACACCAUGAAACUAGCAGAAGUCAGCUGAAGGAUGAGCUGGAUUCUUUAAAAGCCACUGUGAAUAGAACUUCCAGUGAUUUAGAAGCUCUGAGGAAGAAUAUUUCCAAAAUAAAGAAAGAUAUUCAUGAAAAAACAGAAAGGUUACAAAGAAUUAAAAAUCAUAAUCAGAUUGUAAAAAAAAAAUUAAGUCACAUUACUGAAAAAACCAUGUCUGUGGAAGAAAAAGCUACCAAUCUGGAGGAUAUGUUAAAGGAAGAAGAAAAAAGUGUAAAGGAAGUAGAAGUUCAAUUGAACAUAGUGAAAGAUGUGCUAUUUAAGAAGGUUCAGGAGUUACAGACUGAGACAAUGAAAGAAAAAUCUGUCAUAUCAGAAAUUGAAGGAACCCGUUCCUCUCUGAAACAUCUCAACCAUCAAUUAUAUAGACUGGAUUUUGAAACUCUGAAGCAGCAAGAAAUUAUGUACUGUCAGGAUUUUUACAUUCAACAAGUGGAACGGAGAAUGUCACGGUUAAAGGGAGAGAUUAAUUCAGAAGAAAAACAAGCCCUUGAAGUAAAAAUUAUUGAUCUUAGGAAAUCGGUGGAACAGAAGAAAGCUACCCUUGGUGUUUUGGAGACACAAAUGAAGAAGCUUCAUGAUAUGAUGAUAGAGGACAAUCUUCUAAAACUUGAAGUUAAACGCACUCGAGAAAUGCUUCACAGUAAGGCAGAAGAAGUUCUUUCCCUGGAAAAAAGGAAACAGCAGUUAUGUACUGCUAUGGACGAGCGAACUGAAGAAAUUAAGGUUCAUAAAACAAUGCUUGCCUCACAAAUAAGAUACGUUGAUCAAGAACGGCAAAGCAUAAGGCCUGAGGACUUGGUCUUUUACUCUAAAUCAAGCGCAAUAAAUAAAUGCUUGGUCCCAUGUGUAGGUACUAAGGCUGCUCAAGAAAAAGAAGAACUUCAAAGGGAAGGUGACAGUUUGGAUGCUAAGAUCAAUAAAGCUGAAAAAGAAAUCUAUGCUCUGGAAAACACCUUGCAAGUACUCAAGAGCUGCAAUAACAAUUACAAACAAUCUUUUAAAAAAGUGACGCCAUCUAGGUUGGAACUACCCACAGCCGGUCCAAAAAGCAGUCGCCAGAGUUCUAGAUCUCCUUCACAGACUUCCCUGGUGUCAGCAAGCUACCUCACUAUGCCAACAUUACACAGGCUACAUGUAGAAAAAGGCAGUAAAGCAAGACUUCCCUUCUGA